AAUAGAUAAUGCUGUCCAAUAAACACAGUUCUAUUUGUGUAUGCUGUCAUGCUUUAGAAAACAGAUCUUUAUCGAAACUUCAAAGUAUGCGUGUUAUAAUUGUAGCUCUUUUGUUUCAGUGCAAAAUGGUUCUCUUCAUCAGAAGGAUACAGUGCAUGACAAUGAUUUUGAGCCUUAUCUUUCUGGACAGUCAAAUCAGAGCAACAGCUAUCCAUCAAUGACUGAUCCCUACCUGUCCAGUUAUUAUCCACCUUCUAUUAGCUUUCCCUACUCUCUGAGUGAAGCCCCCUGGUCAACCGGAGGAGACCCUCCUAUCCCAUACCUUACCACCUAUGGACAGCUGAGUAACGGCGAUCACCACUUCAUGCACGAUGCUGUGUUUGGACAGCCUGGCGGAUUGGGGAACAACAUUUACCCGCACCGGUUUAAUUUUUUCCCCGAAAACCCUCCUUUCUCAGCAUGGGGAACGAGCGGCUCUCAGGGGCAGCAGACCCAGAACUCGGCUUACGGAAGCAGCUACAGUUACCCACCCAGCUCCCUCGGGGGUACCAUCGUGGACGGGCAGACCGGAUUUCAUAACGACACCUUAAAUAAAGCACCCGGGAUGAAUAGCAUCGAACAGGGAAUGGUCGGACUGAAGAUUGGCGGGGACGUCAACACCUCCGCUGUGAAAACAGUAGGCUCGGUGGUCAACAGCGUCGGGAUGGCGAAUGCGUUGUCUGGCAACGGCGGAUCAAACCUCAACCUGCCAGUGUCGAAGCCAACCUCUUGGGCCGCUAUUGCUAGCAAACCUGCAAAGCCUCAGCCCAAAAUGAAAGCGAAAAGCGGUCCUGUAAUAGGAGGAGCUCUGCCUCCGCCGCCUAUUAAACAUAACAUGGACAUAGGUACCUGGGACAAUAAAGGCCCCAUGCCCAAAAUCCCAACUCCUCAACAGCAGAUCCCUUCUCCUCAGUCUAUCCCGCAGCCACAGAUUAUCCAGCCUAUUCCCGCCCAGCCACCCCCACUGACCCAGCUGCCCUACCAGAACCCCCAGCCGCCGCCCCCUCAAAACCGAUGGGUGGCCCCUCGCAACCGCAAUGCAGCUUUUGGCCAAAGCGUAGGAACCAGUAACGAAAGCAACCCGCCCGGGAAUACCCCAGCGAACGCCAUCCCUGGCGGCGGCGGCGAAUCCCACCCUGUCCUCGAAAAACUGAAAGCCGCUCACAGUUACAACCCUAAGGAUUUUGAGUGGAACCUCAAAAAUGGGCGCGUGUUCAUCAUCAAGAGUUACUCUGAGGACGAUAUCCACCGUUCCAUCAAGUACUCCAUUUGGUGUAGCACAGAACACGGCAACAAACGUUUGGACAGCGCUUUCCGCUCUAUGAAUAGUAAAGGCCCGGUCUAUUUACUCUUCAGCGUCAACGGCAGCGGACAUUUUUGUGGGGUAGCAGAAAUGAAGUCGUCGGUGGACUACGGCACCAGUGCCGGUGUCUGGUCCCAGGACAAAUGGAAGGGGAAGUUUGACGUCAAGUGGAUCUUUGUGAAAGAUGUUCCCAACAACCAGCUUCGACACAUCAGGCUGGAGAACAAUGACAACAAGCCAGUGACAAACUCCCGUGACACUCAGGAGGUGCCCUUAGAAAAAGCGAAGCAAGUGCUUAAAAUUAUUGCUAUGUACAAGCACACAACCUCCAUCUUUGAUGACUUUUCCCAUUACGAAAAGCGCCAGGAGGAGGAAGAAGUGGUACGAAAGGAACGUCAGAAUCAAAAUAAACAAUAAGAAUAAGCAUAUAUGGUUUGCUAUAUAUAUAUACAUAUAUAUAUAUACUAGAACUGAUAUUAAAUUUGAUUAUGAAAAAUUGAAUCUUUUUUUAAAAAUGCCUUGGUGCUGUGUAUUCUGGCAUCAGGAGAUUAUAAAGCUUUCAGCUCCAAUAUCUCUCUUUUGCAGGGGAAAAUUCAAAUCUUGCAUCUUUUAAGUACACUAGUGGGAGGGGUUGGGGUUUUGGUUUUUGUUUUUUGUUUGCCCAGCUGAAUAUGCAUUAAGUUGUAAUCUUUUCUGUGUAAAAUGCUGUAGAAUCCAUUAAUAAAGAUGUUUCUCGUUUUUUUUUUUAAUUUUUUUUAAGUUGGUUAAACAAGUUCAUCUGCAAUUGAAGAUUUUGAAAAUAUUUAGCGUUUUUUUUCCAAAGACUUUUAAUUGCAGCACAAAUUAUGUUUCUAAUCUGAAGAGUCAUUGCUUUUAUAUUUACGUACCACAGAUCCCCUUGUCUCACCAUUCCCACAGUCGGUUUGGGAAGUAGAAACGCAAAUAUCGGUUGGGGUUUUUAUUUUUUUUUAUUAUUAUUAUUUUUGAGAAAUAACCUGUGUCAAAAAACAUUGACAUUUAAUUUAGCCAAGCUCAGGUUAUUUUAUGAAGUUCAAUUUUAUCUGUCACAUUCAUUAUUUUUGAAAAAAUGUCGAAAGUAUACUUCUGCCUGCCUUACGGAAAAUCAAAAAGGCAUUAAUUCACAGGGGUAAUUUCGCAUGCAAGAAGUAUAGAUGGGAUUUCACACAAACACAAUUGUACAUUUUCAUCAUUUGCAGUUAUUAUUAUUUUUGUGUGGAUAUUGCAUGAGAAAUAUUCCUCAUGGAUUGUACUUUACGUCUUAAAUUAUUUUGUCUAUAAUUGGUGAACAUUAGUGAACAUCUGCUUUGUAUCAUAUCUUGCAAAAAAAAAAAGCUGACAAAUUUCCUACCAUAAUUUUUUUUUUUGCUUUAUCUGUAGCUUUUAACCAUUUAAGUAUGUGUUCAACAUUGCAGGGGCUUGGGCGAAACGUGGCUUUUUAAUUUCCCCCCUGCUUUUUAAUAUUA